GAAUGAUAGUAAUUGGAAGACACUCUUGGGUUUCUAAACACCUGCAGUUAAAGUUCACUAAGUGUCCUUUCCAAUAUCUUGUCCUAUUACUUUAACGAGUGUAUGAGAUAUGUUGCCCGAUAUGUUGAUGAAUCAACUGACAUUAAAGAUCAUUUUUACAUCAAUGAUAUUUAGUACAUCAGGUUAGGUCGAUUGCACUGCACUUUCGCAGUGAAAAAACAACAAGAAUGAAUCAGCAGUAUAUGCAUCAGGCGCAUCAACAGGCGCCUCAGCCUCAUCCUCAGGCUUCUCAUUAUGGAGGGCCUCCAGGUAGUUCUCCUUACGAAGCAUUAAACGCCAAUGUUCCGCCUGGAAUGAUGAAGCCCCCUGUCAACUCCCACCAGUAUCCUCCACAGAAAACCAUGCCAGGACCACCUCCAGGAAAUCUACCCCCAGGUGCCAGUCCAUACUACAACUACAACGCUCAAGUCAAUAAUCAACAGCCACCUCCCCCCAAUUCAUUUCAUGGGCCACCACCUUCGGUGAAUCAGGAUAAUUUGACAAACCAAAUGUCCAGUAUGGCGUUAAACAAUGCUCCAUCGGUAUUUCCCCCGCAGUCUGCGACCAAUUCAGCCCCGCCCCCCUCAAAUAUCAACGGUUUCUCCUCAACAGAUCACUCGCCCUCAGGUCCUUCAGAUCCUCUCCUUCCUCCGGCGCCAACCUCGCAAACCCAGAGUCUUCCACCGAGUCAAGCAGCGGCAGCCAACGUGAAUAGAUAUCCAGGAGAGCCUCCUCACAUGACACCACCAAGCCAACUCGGUCAAAAGCCCCCAGGACCCCCUCCCAUGAACUACCCACCAUCCCAACAGCGACAAAUCCCUGGUCAACCUCCUCCAGGUCAACAACCCCCAGUCCAACAACCCCCAGUUCAACAACCUCCAGUUCAACAACCCCCUGUUCAAUUAACCCCUCAAAACGCUCCCAUGUCAGGUCCCCCGCACCCCCAGUCCUUUCCGGGAGCUCGAUUACCACCCGGCCCCCCAGGAAAUUUACCACCAACAGGUCCUCCACCGUCAAACAUUGGAGGAUCACUGGGACAGCCUACACCUUACAUCGCAUACCAGUCCCAGCAACACCAGAACCUCCAGAGGCAGAUGAUGCCAGGGCCCCCAAUGCCUCCUCAGACUGGUCUGCACCAGCCCCAGUUGCCACCAAUGCGUCCAGGAGGCCUCCCAGGAUCGAUGCCAGGUUAUCAACCCCCAGAUGCUUAUAGUGGCCAACGCAGUCCCUUCCAUCCCCAGGGUCUGAACAUGGCAGGUCCCCCUAAUCCAUCCUCUGUCUAUCAGCCCGGUGUCCAGCCCCAACAAGCACGACGCCUCGACCCAGAAUCCAUGCCCAGUCCCAUCCAAGUGAUGCAGGAUGAUCAACGCACCCGAGGUGGUGUCUUCAUUACCAAUCAAAAAGGCCUGGCCCCUCCCUUCGUCACAACAAAAUUCGUUGUCCAGGAUCAGGGAAAUGCAUCUCCCAGAUUCAUCAGGUCAACCAUCUACACAGUACCCACGACAACGGACAUAAUGAAACAAACAGGAGUGCCUUUUGGACUGAUUGUGAGUCCUAUGGCCCAGGUUAUUGAAGAUGAGCAGGAUCCACCGAUCGUGGACAUGGGCGAGAUUGGUCCCGUGAGGUGCAUCAGGUGCAAGGCCUACAUGGGCCCCUUCAUGCAGUUUAUCGAUGCUGGAAGAAGAUUUCAGUGCGCCUUCUGUAAAGCCACAACAGAGGUACCAUCAGAGUACUUUCAGCAUCUCGAUCACACUGGCCAGCGAAUGGAUCGAUACGAGAGACCAGAGCUCAUGCUGGGGACUUACGAGUUCAUAGCAACCAAGGAGUACUGCCGAAACGCAACCUUCCCCAAACCACCAGCGAUAGUGUUCGUCAUUGAUGUGUCCUAUAAUAACGUUAAAUCAGGAUUAGUUAAUCUUCUCUGUGGCGAACUCAAGAACAUCAUCAAGAAUCUUCCUAAGGAUCGUUUUCAAGAGAGAUCUGUUAUGAAAGUUGGAUUCAUCACUUACUCGAACACUGUACAUUUUUACAACAUCAGUCCUAAUCUGACACAGCCUCAGAUGAUGGUUGUUGGGGACGUGCAGGAUGUUUUUAUGCCCUUGCUGGAUGGAUUCCUGGGAGAUCCUGAGGAGAGUGAGGCUGUUAUCGAUGCGUUGUUGGCACAGAUUCCUGUAAUGUUUGCAGAUACUCGUGAAACCGAGACAAUACUUGCACCUGCCAUUCAAGCUGGGCUGGAGGCACUGAAGGCUUCAGAUUGCCCUGGGAAGCUCAUGGUGUUUCACUCGUCGUUGCCCAUUGCUGAGGCACCUGGCAAGCUCAAGAACAGGGACGAUAGAAAGUUGCUGGGAGGGGACAAGGAGAAAACUGUGUUGGCUCCUCAAAGCACAGUUUACAAUCAGUUGGGGCAGGAGUGCGUGGGAGUUGGCUGCAGUGUCGAUCUCUUCAUCUUUAAUAAUUCUUACAUAGAUCUUGCUACCAUUGGGCAGGUGUCUCGAUUGACAGGGGGAGAGGUUUAUAAAUACACAUAUUUCCAGGCCGACAAUGAUGGAGAUCGCCUUGUUACAGAUAUUAUUAAUAACAUUAGCAGACCCAUUGCGUUUGAUGCUGUGAUGAGGGUGAGAACGUCCACUGGGGUGAGACCCACUGAUUUUUACGGCCACUUUUUCAUGUCGAAUACAACUGAUAUGGAAUUGGCUAGUAUUGAUUGCAAUAAAGCUGUUGCUAUUGAGGUCAAGCAUGAUGAUAAACUCUCUGAUGAAGAAGGGGUUUAUGUCCAAGUGGCACUUCUCUAUACCUCUUGUGGAGGCAUUCGUCAAUUGCGGAUUAUUAAUCUCAGCCUCAAGACAUCAUCCCAAAUGGCUGAGCUGUACAGAGCGUGUGAUCCUGAUGCCGUUGUCAAUUUCUUUGCUAAACAGAGUGUCUUCAAGCUCAUCGAGUCUACACCCAAAGCUGUCAAGGAUAAUCUGAUUAGCAAAUGUGCAACGAUUUUUGCUGCGUACAGAAAACACUGUGCAUCUCCCUUCAGUGCAAGUCAGCUGGUCCUACCAGAGUGUAUGAAACUACUUCCUCUUUACGUCAAUUGUCUGCUGAAGAGCGAUGCAAUCUCUGGGGGUGCCGACAUGACCAUCGACGAUAGAACUUUUGUGAUGAUGGCUGUGGCUACUAUGCCUCUUUAUACUUCUGUUAAUUACUUCUAUCCUAGGCUGCUGCCGCUGCAUGAUAUUGAUCUUCAGGCCAAUGAACUGCCACAGCAGCUCAGAUGUUCUAUUGAUAAGUUUGCGGAGGAUGGAGCUUACUUGCUGGAGAAUGGUAUUCACAUGUUCCUAUGGCUGGGCCAUGCAUUGUCCGCCGAGUGGAUUCAGGCAGUUUUUGGUGCACCAGUGGUCGACACAGAGCGCACCUCAAUUCCUAUCCUAGAUAAUCAACUCAACAUUCAUAUAAGAGAAAUAAUUGCCCGCGUCCGUACCGAAAGACAUCAUUGCAUGAGGUUGACAAUUGUACGCCAGAGGGAUAAAUUGGAGAUGGUGCUGCGACACUUUUUGGUUGAGGAUCGAGGAAACGACAAUAGCCAAAGCUACGUCGAUUUCCUCUGUCAUAUGCACAAAGAGAUCAAGACACUCCUUAGUAAUUAAAAUAAUUAUCCCAUGGCGAAUUUAAGGAUCAAGAAUUAAAACAAGAGAAUGCUCUGGACACUAACAAUCGGAGAGUGAACAUCAAGGAUAGACUGGAGUCAACCCAAUUUCACUCGCAGCGUUUUAACCCUGAAAAUAUCUAUAAUCGAAAAAUGAAGAAAAAAAUGAAGGAAAAAAAUCUGUAUUAUCAUAACAAUUUUAUUUUAAACUAUA